UCCUGAUAUGAAUUGGUUUGGGUUCCCAGGGGCUGGUCCAUGGUGUUGUAGGAUUUUUUCUGGUGGCCCUUCAUCUUUUCCCCAUUUCUGGGUGCUCCCUCAAGCUGGGGCUGCAUGAAUGACUGCAUUUUUCUAAAUACAUCAUCAAAUACUUGAAUUCCAACUAAUUUCCCUGGACUUGUUCUAGCAAAAGCCCCAGUGCUCUGAUACACCCUGUACAGCACAGACAGUGGCAGCAGAUGUUGGAGUGGGCAGGGGGAUGAUCCCCCCCUUAUUUUAGUGAAGUUUUCACAACAUUCUCCAUUUGCUGUUUCCCUUUGCAGCCUCAGCCAUUUCUGUUUCAGAGUCAGAUCCUCACCAUGGGCUCUGCCUUCAGCUGUGCAGAUUCCAUCUGUGCAAGCAGGCAGAGCUUGGGGUGAGGGGCAGAGGGAAUCAGCCAAUUCCUGCCCCAGGCAAGAAGAGCCAGGAUUUUUCAUUCCCUGGGCGUGUCUGGAUGGAGGAGGAGGAAAAGCCCCGGAGAUGCUGCAGGAAGAGGAGCUGCAAACCCAGCCCAGGGAGCUGCGGGGAGGAAAGAGCCCCCCUGAGCCAGGAAGGCGGGCGGAGAUCCAGCCGGAGCUCGGAGCUGGUGGAGAAGUCUCAUGGCAGGGAGAAGCCCCACAAGUGCUUGGAAUGUGGGAAGGGUUUCAGCUGGAGAUCCCAUCUGAUCGUGCACCAGAGGAUCCACACUGGGGAGAGGCCCUACGAGUGUGGGGAGUGUGGGAAGAGGUUUCAGAGAAGCUUCCAUCUCCUCAGACAUGGGCGGAGUCACACAGAGGAGAGGCCCUUCCGCUGCCCCGACUGCGGGAUGGGCUUCAACCAAAACUCCAACCUCACCGUGCACCGGCGCAUCCACACCGGGGAGAGGCCCUACGAGUGUGGGAAGUGUGGGAAGGGUUUCAGAGACAUGUCUGGCCUGAUCGAGCACCAGGUGAUCCACACUGGGGAACGGCCCUAUGAGUGCUUGGAAUGUGGGAAGAGCUUUGGGCGGAGCUCACACCUGAGAAAACACCAGCGCAUCCACACAGGGGAGAGGCCCUACGAGUGUCCCCAGUGUGAGAAAAGGUUUCAGACCAGCUCUGAUCUCCUCGUACAUGAGCGGAUUCACACAGAGGAGAGGCCCUUCCGCUGCCCCGACUGUGGGAAGGGCUUCAACCGCAACUCCAACCUCACCAUGCACCGGCGCAUCCACACCGGGGAGAGGCCCUUCGAGUGUGGAAAGUGUGGGAAGGGUUUCAGAGACAGGUCUGGCCUGAUCAAGCACCAGGUGACCCACACUGGGGAACGGCCCUAUGAGUGCUUGGAAUGUGGGAAGAGCUUUGGGCGGAGUGCAGACCUGAGAACACACCAGCGCAUCCACACAGGGGAGAGGCCCUACGAGUGUGGGCAGUGUGGGAAGAGCUUCUCACAGAGCUCAGCCUUGACCCAGCACCAACGGAGGCACCACUAAGGGAAGCCCUGUGAGUGCCCCGAGUGAGAGAAGAGCUUGGAGUGA